ACUAAAACUUUAAAAAGCCCUCUUGAUGAGUCAGCUGUGUCACCAACAUUAUCAUCAACAAUUCAACCCUCACCUGACGUCUUAAAGUCAAGAAAAGUUGAACUAAAUGUUUCUACUACUGAUGUUCAGGUUGCUUUAAGAUUGGAUAACAUUGACUUUAACAUACGUAAUUUGCUUGAAGAACAUCAAACAGGUAAGCUUGUAUUGGAAGAAUUUGAUUGUACAGGUGCACUUAUUAAAAGGCGUCAAGAUAUGAUACAUUGUUGUUAACUCAAUGAUCCAUAGAGUUGGAAAUAUGUAAGUUUAUGUUUAUUUUCGUAAUAUUAUAGAACUAUUCUGCCGUCCUAAGAAAAAACGCAGUAAUCGCAAAAAUUGAAAAAUCGAGAUUAUUGCACCAAACGUUUUAACAUCGUUUUCUGUGUAAUAACGCUCUAUAUAAAAAUAUUGUGGUAUAUUCCGAAGUCAUCAAACCCAUAGUUCAUUUUGCCGUAAGUUAAAAAAAUAUAGUGUAAUACUUAGUAAAAACGCAGCAUUAUCGCAAUACAAAUUAAAAAUGCAGUAUUUGCAACGUACGUACUGCAUUUUUUCAUAGUAUCAUUGCUUUACUGCUUUUUAACUUGGCAACACAGACAAAAACGUGGGUUAUCUAUGACGAAUACGGCGUCAUUGCAACUGCAAGCGUCAUCUGAUUAGUGUGUGCGUUGGUUGUUCGUUCGUGUUUUCGUAUUUGGUGUUUCUUUUUUUUCGGUAAAGAUUAUUUUUAUAGUGAAUUAUAUUUAGGACUAUUCAAUUUAUCGUAGAGUGUUAUAAAAAUCAUAAAAUGUUGUGUGAUAUUUGCAACACUUGGAUGUCAAGGACUUAAUAUAUGCUACAUCGUGCUUCAGACAAAUGUAAAUCUUCAUUGUUAGAUGAUUCUAGAACAGUUGUAUCUGAAGUAACUGUUGAUAAAAUGGAAGUCGUAGUGUAUGAGGCAGAAAUUAUGGAGGAUAGAGGAGAUAUUGUUUUAGAUGAGUCUGUCACAACACUUCAACCUUCAAUGGACGAAGAUGUCUUAAAGAGUAGAGUGGAUGUGGUGGAAAAUGGAGAAGAAAUUGUGUUAAAGGAAUCUGUGGAUAAACCAUUGGACGAAGCUGCAUCUCCAUCGGUCCAAUUUACUAAAAAGGGAACUAUACGAAUUCGCAGAAGUAAUUCUUUAAGUGUCAAAGAAAGAAAAGAACGUAAGAUGCAACUAUAUAAAGCAAAGUAUGCACUAAAGCCAAUUGUUGAUUGUUGCAAAAAAAAAUGCAUUAGCAAAAUAAAUGAGGGACGACGUAUUGAAAUUAACGCCCAAUAUUUAAAAUUAGGCUGGAAGGAGAGGAAGACAUUUAUCCUCAAUACAUGUGAUCGCAUGCCUGUAAAGAGGAAAAGUGUUGAAGAUGGUGCACGAAAAAACACCUGGAAAUACUUCUUCAGUAAUAAAGACUCAAUCAAGCAGUCCGUGUGCAAGAAGUUUUUCCUAACAACACUAGGAUACAAACCAAAUAAUGACCGUGCAGUAUUUGAGGUCCUUAACAAAACUCCAACUGCCGCAAUAGCCCCAUUAGCUGAUGGACGUGGCAAACAUGUUUCGGAUAGGAAGUAUAAACAUGACGAUUUAAUAGAUGCGCACAUCGAAUCAUUUGAACCAACUGUAUCUCAUUACAGGAGGGAACAUGCUCCUAUUAGAAGAUAUUUGCCAAGUGAUGUGACCAUCACCAUGAUGCACAAUGAUUUUACACACAAAUACCCAGAACAACAAAUAUCAUACGAAUAUUAUAGGUUAGCUAUAAAGAAAAAAAAUAUUUCAUUUGCAACUUUGGGCCAUGAAGAGUGUGAAUUUUGUGAAAAAUUUUGUUUACACGGUCACGAUGCAGAUAAUUUAAAUAAUGAUUGUGAUGAUUGCCAACAAUAUAUUAAUCACAAGAUAAGAUAUGAAGAAGCAAGAGAAUUAUACAAAAAGGAUGCGGAGCUCAAUGAUGGCAGCAUUUUCUCUGUAGAUUUACAGAAAGUCAUCAUGCUGCCACGUUUGGAUGCAUUUAAAAAAGUUAUAUUUACAAAGAGGAUAGUGGCUUACCACGAGAGUUUCGUUCCUCUUGGGAAGAAAGCACAUGGUGUUCCCAUGGCAUGUAUAUGGCAUGAAGGUGUAACUGGGAGGAACAAGGAGGACAUUGUUAGUACAUUUUAUGCUUUUUUUUUGAGGCAGAGGGACUCGAAAAAGAUUACACUUUGGCUCGACAAUUGUUCGAGCCAAAAUAAAAAUUGGUGCCUUCUGUCUUUUUUAGUAUGUAUUGUAAAUAGUGAUGAAGUAGAUAUGGAUGAAAUACAACUAAAAUACUUUGAGCCAGGACAUACAUAUAUGAGUGCCGACAGUUUUCAUCAUCAGGUGGAGCUCUCCAUGAAGAAACAAAAAGUUUACGAUUUUCCUGAUUUUUCCAAAGCUGUACAGAAUGCUAAUAAAGGGAAGGUGGAUGUGAAAGAAAUGACAUUUUCAGAUAUAUACAUGUGGAAAGAUAACAAAUCCCAACAGAAGUUAAAGAAAUCUUCUGAAAAAAUAUAUCUGAAGAACAUUGUAGCAGUGAGAACACGCAGAGGUAAAUUUACAAUGGAAUACAAAACUUCUCAUACGGAGGAGUUUACAAAACAAUUAGACUUCCUCUGUAAGAAAUCAUCAACAAUGAAAAUAUCAAAACCUCCACAGUUGGACAAGCCUCGUGGGGUGGCUCAAGACAAAAUCGAUGAUAUUUUGUCGAAUUUAUCGAGUUUAAUGCCAGCCAGCAGGAGAAUUUUCUGGAACAAUUUAAAAAAUAUAUAAUUUCAUUUAUAUUAUAUAUUUUUUCAAUUAUAUAUGUAUUUUUUUAUUCUAAUAAAACGUUUUAAAAAAUCUAAUUUACUUUAUCUACCUUAUACACACUUUGAAUGAAGUUGACAAAAUAAGAGAUGGAAAGACUGAUUAUUAAUUUGAUAAUGGGUAAAUUGUGGUUUUUGAGCCCCUAGUGCACUCCUAACUAAUGGUAAGAGAAUGGUAUUAUUUGAUAUUCGUGGAAAAAAUAUGUUGCUGGGUUGGACUGGUUGUUAUAAAUAUCAUAUUUGUUGGUUGUAAGUAUUCUUUACUCAAAAUUCUUCCUAUUAAUUAGACGCAGUCUAGCUCUAUGUUAUAACUCCACUAUUAAUUAAGGUUUGUUUGGAAACCAUUGAUUAUCAAGCUAGAUUGUGAUUAACAAUGCCUUUUAUAAAAACACAUUGAUAUUUAUGAAAAAAUAUAUAUUGGAGUAUGCAUGCAUUUUUGUAUUGAUUAUACUGCGUUUUUAUCUAGGAUGACGGCUGUGAAAUAUUGUGUAAAUUAGCAGUGUGUGAUUUUUCAGCCUAUAUAUUGAUGUUUUGGUUAAAUAUAAAUUUUCAUUGAAUAAAGGAAGUAUUUUGUAUUCAUAAUCUAUGUGGCAUGAAAGUCUAAUUAUUAUAUUCAAGUAAGGUUCACACAAAAUUUAAAAGUGGCUUUUUCUCAGAAUGUCAUUUUUGUUGUUUACUGCGUUUUUACUUAGGGCGGCAGUAUUGACGUAGCACUGAAAAUUUUUGUUUAUAAAAAUUUUUUUAUAAAGUCAUUUUUCAAAAAUUAUUAAACAUUAGCCUAAUAUAAA